AUCCUCUAUAUAUUAAUACUGAUGAUGAUAGUGCAAAAGACAAAGAAAUCAAAUAUGUUACAGGUGAUGUAUCCCGUGUAUCAUGUAAAUCCUAAACUAGGUUAAUUGGUUGAUAAGAAACCUGAUUGCAGUGCCUUUUACGAACUGCACGAACCAUAUAGCAGGGCAUAUAGCACGUUGACAAGUAGACAUCAGACUAGGUUUCCAUAUUCAAUAUAUUGUCACUAAGUGAAGACGGUUUCUCUACUCGAGGUAAGCUAUAGUAUUUGACGAAAACACAAUUUGAAUUUGAUAUUUUCUCAAUUAGAACCAUCUMGAGUCCAAAGAAGCAGUAUUUUGUUUAGAAAAGAAAAAAAUUACUGGAAAUCUAGAUCUACACGUAUAUUUGUCAGAAGUAAAUAUUUUAUAAAUUAUAGUUACUUCUGAUCAUGUUCAUYGUGAAAUUGAGUUAAUUUUCCUGUCAGUAUGGUAAUGAUAGUCCUCUAGUCGAACUGAAUUAUAUCAAGGAAAACUGACAAUGAGUUUCAACAUAAUUUAUUAGUAUUUAAAUUAAAACGAGAAAUUUAGUUGAAAACCUCAGUAUAACAUCGGUCUACCUCAUCGGAAUAUUGAUGAACGAGAUACAAUCCCAGUGUACAUUUUCAAUCGAGUGUUUUUCUAAAAAUAGCAUAAUGGCAUAGAAAUCCAACUGAACUAGAGGACAUGAGAGGACACAGUUCCUGUCAUAAACGUCUAGAAUAAUCUACCAAUCACAGUGCUAAGGAGAUUCUCGUACUUAUUAUAAUUAUCGUAGUAAUUUUCACUAAGUAGAUUUUGACCUCAAUCAAGAUAACACAAAGGUAAAAUACUACAAUAAAUAUCACAUGUAAAAAUGAACAAUAAAAACCAUCGCCUUUUACUUGGACUUGACUAGAUUGUUUAGUAAGUCACUCAGUACUMUGAUUAUCGAUCUCUAUGAUGGUGACUUCAAUGAAACACCUCGAUAGAUAUUUAUUGAGAUAUUUAUUMAACCACAGUUGCCAUGGAAAUGUUUUUUAAGAUAGCUAUGAAGUGAAAUUUGUUAUCCUGUUAAUCAUGCUCAUAAAAGCUUUGUAUUUUCAAUGGCGAAAAAUAAACUAUGAGUGAAGAGGACCUGAAACUGCCUUCAGACAAAGGAAUCUCAAGUUUAUAAAUGAUGGGUUUCCACUAGUUAAACACUUGAAAUGACUGUCUAAAAACACUCAAGAUGCUUACAUUCAGAUGAAUUGCUGAUAAAAUGUAGAAAAGCUGCAUUCAUUGAGUUAGCUCGUGUAACAUACACAAGCUUAUUCAAUCAGAGAGGAGCCGAUUCUUGCAGACAAAACKUAUUUUCUGAUAACAUCUUAAGUUAAUUAGUAAGUGCUUGAUACCUUAGUUUUUGUUGGAUGGAUACAAAUCAACUGCUAAUCCCACAAAAAGAUAUACACAGAAGUAUGUGCUUUCAUUCAGUCGCCACAAGUUGAGRGCGUAAAAAGGUACCGAUUUCCACAAACAAACCUCMUACUGGUCGGCAGAUAUCAAACGUGAAAAKAUGACAUGUUUUGUUUAAUAGAUGAAUUGUGCAUUACUUCAAACCCUGACAGUUAACCUUAUGGUUUAACUUAAGUAGUCAUGCUCACUCUUCGUUUCCUUUGAAAAGGUAAGUUCGUUAAGGUUACUGUAAGCCUCAGUCGCCGAUGUUUGCAAAUUACCAAGAAAUUAGAAAAUUAUUUUCGCUCCUUUCUUGAAAAAAAGGCAAGAAAAAUCAUACAUCACAUUAAACCUUUAUGACUGAAUAACACGCCUGCGAGGUUAGGUUAACAAAAAUCAUCAAAAUUGAAAAUUAAAGGUUAAAGUUACCAUUAUGGCGUUAAGAAAUUAACUUGCACAAUGUUUAGUAAAAGCUACCUUUGUCUUAUACAAUAUAACUCAACACAUAUAGUCAGUUAAAAAAUCGUUUCGAUGCUUUUGAAUUAAGGUUUUUGUUAUGAAGUUAUGGAGUCCAAUAUUCASACAAAAUUUCAGACAUAAUAAGGUCAAUAAGCAAAAUAUCAACAAAGCCGAAGCAGUUUUAAAUCUGAUUUCAUUGUAUCUUGACGGAUAUAAAGUACAAAUUGCGAUGAAAAAUACCUUUUUUCAAGUUAACGUUUUCGUAACAUUCAUUUGUUGUCGAUUUAUGAUUGUUGAUCCGCAAUUAAUUACUUAUUGACCAAUAUUGUAAAUCUCUACAAAAGAUCGUAGAUUAAUCAUCUAGAUUCAGAAAGGUUUUAGAGCAACGAAGGCAAAGAACAUGCAUACAUAGAUAUCUUUUUAGGCGAGGCACACUUAUAUAUAGCUAUACCAGUGUAUAGCACAAGACAGACUUUUUGUUUCUACAAGACAUGAGAUCACUGUCUAAGACAAGUCUCUUUUGCCAUAAUAUAUAUAGAAUCAAUAAUUCAUAUGAGCUGUACAUUACGAAAUAUAUAAAGAGCAAUGGCCAAAUCUGAACUUCAACAAGAGAUACUACUUUAACUUGGAUUUUCUUUCAAGAAUGGACAAUCAUCUUAAGCGGGUUUUCCGCAAAACAUGUUUUAGCUACCACAUGUGAUGCCGCGUUUGUCAGGUUUUUUUUAAGAUGGCUGCUGUACAUCAGUCUCUUAUCUCUUGGUUUAUUCAWUUGUUUAUUUGAGUAAAAUGAAGUCAUAGUAAAGCUGUGGUAAACAUAUCAGAGCUGUUCUUUUUGACCAUCAAAUUUUCCUUACAGUAUUUCUCAAGUAGCAUUUCRAGCCACAAAUGGUUUCUUUCAAACAGUGGUUUUGAAAGAUCAAAAGUUAUAACUGAUUUUAAGAUGUGGUGAGUUUAAAGAAGCUACCCUAUCACGUACGCAGCUGGAAUUCUUGGUGGGUGUGAAGUUCUUUCUUAACUAUUACAAAACAUAUUAUCGCAAUGAUUAGGUCUAUUAUUUUGCCCUGCUCGGCUAUGYCUCGAGUCAGAAUUAAGUUUUAGUCGGAAUGAGCCAAGAGAAAUAUAAUGGUCAAAUAUACUUUGAGAUUAUAACAACGGAUAUAUCAUUAUUAGGUAGUUCAAGAAAGUCUUGUUAUUAGCAAAUCGAUAAAAAAAUUCUAUUUUUAGUACAUAAAUUAAGUAUUUCUAAUUCAUACAGUUUACCCAAAAAGCCUGUGUUCACCGAUGGGGUUUAAAUUAUAAAUCAAUAUCCAUCURAAUAUUAAUCUCCAUGGCGAAAACGAUUUGUUAAAAACACUGCGUUGCGUUUAUUUGUUUGUCAGGUUGCAUGUCUUGUUAAGUUGACUAGUUCAGCAUYCAGAAAAUCCUAUUUAUAGGCACAGAUAACGGRCCAGAGAUGAAGGGGUCACUAUGGAUAUGUGUMWUUGGUGUUUUGAGUGCUAUGGCGAUAUGCGAUCCAUAUAAAGAAACAACACAGAUCAUGAACACCUUGUUUGACAAGAGUCGUUAUGACAGGAGAGUUCGUCCGUUUAUACAAAAACAACCAGUGAACGUCACCGUUUCCAUGACAAUUGUCAAUUUUGGACAAAUUCGCGAGAAAGACAUGGAUUUCACUGUGGACAUGUUUUUCUAUCAAAGAUGGAACGAUGAACGGCUUUCUCAUCUAUCAGAUUAUCCGCUUUACUUGUCUGGUUCUGACAAAGAACUUGUAUGGAUACCAGAUACUUUCUUUUUGAACAUAAAAACAGCCAAAACACACAUGGUACCGGCAGACAAUACUAAAGUUACUAUCUGGCCGUCAGGAUUGGUGCGAUAUAGUACGAGGCUGACUUUAACUGCAGGAUGUGAAAUGAAUCUAAUGGACUACCCUCUAGACACACAAAAUUGCAAUCUCACCAUUCUCAGCUAUUCAUUUCCAGAGACAUCAGUGGACUAUGUUUGGGAAGGCGCCAUUAAAAAUACAAUCAGCAUUAUGAACGACGCAAUGAACGAGUUCACUCUCUUAGGAAUGGAAUUACACCGAGAAAUAUACCAGUAUCGGACAGGUCCAUGGGUUCACCUUACUGCAACGUUCAAGUUCAAGAGACGAGUCGAAUACUCGCUACUACAAGUUUACGCUCCUACUCUUCUGAUAGUGGCUUUGUCGUGGCUGUCAUUCUGGAUACCUAAAGAUGCUGCUCCUGCGCGGAUUGCUCUUGGUAUUACUACUGUAUUAACGAUUGUAACGCUUAUGGGAUCUUUGAGGUCGGAAUUCCCAAAGGUGUCGUACGUCAAGGCUAUUGAUUUAUUCUUCAUAGUAUCGUUCAUCUUCGUGUUUGGUGCUGUCUUAGAAUACAUAUUACUACUACUAAAGUGUUCAUUAGACGAAAACAAAGUCUUAGAAACAAAACAAAAGCUACAAUGUAUAAAAAGAAUGAGCGAUUAUAAGGACCCAACAAAUGGUAUCAAAAUAGAUGAACAUGAUCAUUUACAUGAUUUUGAUAACGAGAGAGGACAACUUCGACAAACAGAAAUUCGUGUCAAACCAGCAAAACCUUUAAAAGGAACAAGAAAAGUUGUUCGAUUUAUGUUCAUUGAUAACGAUGCAAGCAUCAUCGACAGAGUGUCAAGAAUAAUAUUUCCAGUAGGCUAUCUAUUGUUUAACGUAGUGUAUUGGUUAUACUACAAUCUAAGCAGCUUCAAGUAGAUACUGUGUUUAUAUGCGGAGCCGUACAUCAAUUGAUACACAUUGAUCAAAUAUGCUGAAGUUCAGGGCUGGAGCUUUGGAUCAAUGAUCUUACUGAACAAUACCUAUGGAGUUAUUUCUAGAUCAGCGAUGAUAAUGCUUGCUGAUGAAACUAAAAAUUKGCUCUUUAUGAAAGCAUUUCCAUCUGAAGAGCAAUCAAUUAUCGAAUCGGUUCUGAGCCUGACACAGUCACGAGGGAGACGAACCUUUUAACUUCACACCACUGCAACUGGAUGUUGUCGCCAGGGCAACCGCAGCAACAACAACAAGAACAACAUUAAUAACAACAUGGUCAACAACGAAGUCAAUAAUGGAGGAAUUCCAUGAGAUUCUUGAUUGACACAGWCGCACCCUUUCAAUUGCAAUAAUAUCACUACAGGUCUUAAUAAGAAAUGCUGAUGAGCUUUAGAGUAGUUUGAACAAUUGCUAAUGAAAUUUUGUAAUAAAUCUAUAUACACACUUAUGUCUA